AUCUAAGAAAGCUAUUGGAUAUUGCGUCCGGUCGGCUGAUGGCCGAGAGUGUUCCAGUCAGUCCAAGGGUGGAGCACUUGAUCAAUGUUCGCCACUUUCCAAUAAAACAGAGUAAUUGGCAGCAUUCACGAAGGAGGGCAUAAAUAAACGUAAACGUGAAACUGGAUCUUGCCCUAGGGGAAGUAGUUCGAGAGGAAGUGUUGUGAUAUUUUCCUCCAUCCCGGUUGAAGUGAAUGUGAACAAGUUGACUACAAACAAACAAACAAAUAAGCGAAAAUCGGUGCAGCAGCUAAAAGAAGUAAACAGGUGAAAUAUAUUGCGAUAUAAAUCGUCCAUUGGCCUGUCUAAACAACGGGGGGAGAUUUUGCCGGCAACCGGAAGUCGGACAUCGAACAGUGUACAAGUGUCUGUGGAGGAUUUUACCGGGCUUUGUGUGCGGUAAACUGAUGAAGGUCGCAAAUCACCGACAAGUGACAGCCCCCACCGGGAGCCGUGGGCCAAGAAUAACGAGCAAUUAAUUUGCCGAUCCUUCGCGACUGCAACGAGACGAGACGAAGUGAGAAAGUUUUAUCCCGACUGUCACAUGCAAUGGCAAUGAUUCUUAAUUUGAGGCACCAUCGCAGUAGUACAGGAUUGCCACGGUCCGAAGGCAGUUCCGUGGGGACAAUCUGGCGGUAUCAAAACACUUAAACUCGCCCCCCACUAUAAGCGGAGUCAUUUGGGAGAGGGAUCCGACAAAACUAACCGGAUCCCGGUUCAAAAGACAGUAAAGUGUGUCAAGUCGCGCCCGGAUUGAAUGACCAAUAAAAUGGCAAAGCACCAUCGCCAUCAGAACAUUAACCGGUCCCCGCGGCUAAGUUACCUGUCCUCUCACUCCCAGUCGCAGUCCUUCAUGAGCAGCGAUGGCGGAGGUGGAGAAAUGGCCGAAAUGUUGUCGCUGGAUGAGUCGGAAAAUCUGCUCCACGAGCCAUUCGGUGGUUCCGGAUCGACCAUUCAGGUCAUCAGCGGUGCCGCCUACCACGGAGCCGGCCUGGGACCGUUCAAUGGAAGCGGCGGCGGACCGAAUCAUCUGCAGCAGCAGCAACGGUUGGAGGAGUUGGGAAUCGGCUUCGGUGAUUACAAUAGCAAACUUUUGUCCCCGGCGGUUACGAUUGUGGAGAUGACCAGCGGCGGUUUGUUGCCGAAUUCGGGGAAUCUGAGGCACAAAAAUCGAAAGCUUAAAGCGGGUGCGGCGGCUGCAGCAGCUGCCGCUGCAAUGGCCGGCUCCGGUGAGCAGGCGACGUUGAAUUCGAUCGGUUUGCAAAUGUCGGUGGAUCGUGGUGGCCCGCAGGAGUGGGGCGAAGCGACUCGCAGUUACGUCAAAGCCCAACGGCGGCACGCCGGGAGGGCCACAUUCCAGGGACAGGUGUACAAUUUCUUGGAACGUCCCGCCGGCUACAAGUGUUUUAUUUACCAUGUUUCAGUGUAAGUACUAUUCUUGCUAGGAAGACUUUCUGGUUUUGUAAGUAAUAAAUUAACUAGAAUCAUGAACGAAAUCCACCACAACUAUGCAUAUUUUUUUUCUCUAAAAAAAAUUCAAUCCGAAAAAAAUGUAUUCUCCUUUCAA